AUGCCCGGCAACACACAGACAAUACCCACCACUGCCAUUUUGGAAAUUCCCACCGCCAUCAUAACGGCCCUCGAUUACGACUGUGAAGUGCAGGAGCAACAGGACAUACCGCAGGCCAUUCAACUGCUGGGCGAAAUGAACAGCAACGUCAAACAGGUAACCGAUUUGGUUGAGGGCAUGCUACAGCGUGUCAAACGCGGUGAACUUACAACAGAAUAUGGCCUCAGUUUCCUGGAAGUCAAAUAUCACAUGCUGCUCGAUUAUCUGAUCAAUUUGACCUAUGUUGUGUUGCGUAAAUGUUCCGGCGAAACCAUUGAAGGUGAUCCCUCAAUAGAACGUUUGAUUGAAAUACGUACAGUUCUGGAAAAAAUACGACCCAUCGACUACAAGCUGAGAUAUCAAAUCGAUAAACUGGUGAAAACGGCCACGACGGGCGUGUCAUCGACCACAGAUCCAAUUUUGUAUAAGCCAAAUCCUGAAAAUAUGUUAACUAAUGCCAAUGGCGAUGAUGAGGAUGAAGACGAUGAGGAUGAUGAUGACAGUGCUUCCGAGUCCGAAGAAGAUGCCGACGAUGAUGUCAAUGGCGUUAAGAAACCCAAAAAGGGUGCCACCGCAGGCAAACCUGGUAUUUAUGUGCCACCCAAAAUCAAACCUGUCUACUAUGAUGGUGAUGAAAAACCAGAGGAUAAGGAGAAGAAAUUGUUGGAAAGAGCCAAGAAACGGGCCAUCACUUCAUCAAUGAUGGAAGACCUGAAGGAGGAAUAUUUGGAUGCCCCCACGGAAAUUUCAUCCGGCUCUCGUGCCCAACAGAUAUUGUCCCGAGCCCAAAAGGAGAAACAAGAAUACGAAGAAGCCUAUCUGACACGUCUGCCGGUGACCAAAGCUGAAAAGCAUCGUAACAGGAAACUAACAACAUUGGGCACCCUGGGCGAUGAAAUCCUCGGUGAAAUAAGUCGUGAUGCAGCUCUACGCGGUGAUUCGCUUGGUGGCAAAAAACGAAAAGCCAAGGGCGGUAAAGGCAAAAAGAAAGGUGGCAAAAAACGUAAAUUCCAUUAAAUAGCAGACAAUUGAAAAGAAACAAAAAAA